ACCACAGUGUCGCUCCGUGCCUGGUUCGCUUGCUAGCUAGUAGAGGGAACUUCAAGCCGAUCUCAUGCGUACGCUUGGGUUGUUGCUGGAGGAAAUGGACCGGUGCAUGCAUAAGUGAACGGCCAUUGGGAUCUUUUAGGUUCAAUUCCGGUCCGAGUUUUUUGACUUCUGGGGAGAUCUGGCUAGGGGAGACGGGAUGGAUUGGACGAGGACGAGAGUGCAUGAGGGGUAUGAGCGGCUGUUGAGGUCGGAUGGAUGAUCUUGGAUGUUCACCAUGGGCACAGAUAGUAAGUAUGGACGGAGGAGCAACCGCUAGCAUCUUAGAAUAUUAGGUGGUGGGUCUUGGGGUAAUGUUUCUGCCGUUCUUAUAUUUCUCUUGCUUUCCUUUUCUGGUUUGUUCUUGGAAUUGAUCACUUGCUUAAUUGUCAGUCUACCUGUCUGUCAUUCUUCUGGCUCGAGCGUCGUACACACAGGACUGUGACACUUAAUGGGCAUCUAAAGAGCUCUUUGAAUCGUUCUUAAUUCCUGAAGCGAAGAGUCAAAAUCACAUAUUGUUAAAGCAAUCUUCCUUUGCAGACAAUAUGCCCAACUCAACUUCUUUCUUACUUGCGCCGUUCUUGGGCUUCUUCACCCUCGCAAAUGCCCACUACCCCUCAGGAAACCUCACCGACCCAUCCGGAUCCUGCCUUUCCCUCAGCACCGUCUCCCUCCCGAACACAACCAUAAACUUCGUCAAUUACCUGCCCGCUGGUACAAACAUCACGUUCUCGCAAGACUACGAUCUUGCAUCAUGCGGCUAUGUAAGUCAAGUCAUAAGCGUGGACUUAUGUCGUGUGGCGAUGGAGGUCAAGACUAGUGAGAGCAGUGCGAUCACGCUGGAGGCAUGGUUGCCUGGUGAGGAGUGGACUGGACGCUUUUUGAGUACGGGGAAUGGAGGAGUUAGUGGGUGUAUUCAGUAUAAUGAUAUGGCGUAUACUAGUGGUUUGGGGUUUGCUACUGUUGGAGCUAAUAAUGGGCAUAAUGGGACGAGAGGUCUGGCUUUCGCAAAUAAUUCGGACGUGGUUCAUGAUUUCGCCUCACGUAGUAUGCAUACAGGCGUCGUGAUUGGCAAGCAGAUCACAGAAAAGUACUACGGUAGCGCCCAUAAGAAGUCGUACUACCUAGGCUGCUCGACUGGUGGUCGCCAGGGAUUCAAAGCUGUGCAAUCUUACCCAGAGGACUUCGAUGGCGUUGUAGCUGGUGCUCCUGCUCUCAACUUCCCAAACCUGUCAAGUUGGAGCGCCUUGUUCUACACGCUUUUCGGUAAUUCUACUGAUGCUUCGUUCAUCACUGUUGCCCAAUGGUCAGCACUCGUACAUCAAGAAGUAUUGAACCAGUGCGAUGGCAUUGACGGUGUUUUGGAUGGCAUUAUUGAAGAUCCAGAAUUGUGUCGGUUUAGACCAGAAGCUCUACUUUGUGCACCUGGAACAGCGGCCAAUUCAACCACUUGCUUGAGAAAGGAACAGGUUGAAGCUGUGAGGAAGGUGUUCACGGACUAUUAUGGUGUGGAUGGGAACUUGAUAUAUCCCAGAAUGCAGCCGGGGAGUGAGGUUGCUGCCAGUCGGGCUUACUAUACCGCGGGUCCAUUCCCGUAUUCGACUGAUUGGUAUCGCUAUGUGGUCUAUAAUGACUCGAACUGGGACCCAGCAAGGUACACCAUCGAUGAUGCAAAAGUAGCGAAUGAUCAGAACCCAUUCGACAUUGCUACUUGGCACGGCGAUAUUUCCGCUUUUCAGAAAUGCGGUGGCAAGCUUCUGCAUUACCACGGCCAAAUGGACGCCAUUAUUACGUCUGAGAAUAGCCCUGUGUAUUACAACCUUGUCUCAAGGACGAUGGGUUUGAAAUCUUCGCAGCUGGAUGAAUUUUAUCGAUUUUUUAGAGUCUCUGGAAUGGGACAUUGUGCUGGUGGCGAUGGAGCUUUCAUGAUCGGGAACCGUCUGGAAUCAGUCACCUCUACUGAUCCCCAAGAUAACGUAUUGAUGCGUAUGGUUGAUUGGGUUGAGAAUGGAAAUGCACCGGAGACGAUCACUGGAAUAAAAUAUGUCAAUAAUGACAAAGCUCAAGGUAUAGAUAUUGUGAGAAACCAUUGCAAGUACCCAAAGAGGAAUAUCUGUGUAGAUCCAGCGAACUACAAGAAUCCGGAGGCUUGGAAGUGUGUUUGAAACUGCCGCUUGCUGAGUACCAGCACAUCUUGCACAGAAACAUCUUGCACAUAAAAAAUCACAGACGUGGAAUUUGAAUAGAGCGGUAGCUUAGAAUAAACAAGUCUC